AUGCAGCCCCGGAGUUGUCUCUUGCUAUCCCUCGCGCCAUUGCACUUACAUCUUCUCGCUCGAGCAGCCAUAACUGGCGCGUACACCGCGAGCAAAGAAUACGACGAUGGCGCAUAUGGCCUUGCCCCAGCGCAGAGCUACGAUGCGUCGAGCUACACUCCCGCUAUGUGGAACUUCGAGGUCGGCUUCAACGACACCUCCGCUGCCCUCGCAUCCAACGGCCUGAUUUUCUUUGCGCCCCGAGGUACGGAUGCCAAGCAGGCUGGUCCCCUCAUCUUCAACCAGCAGGGUCAGCUCGUCUGGUCUGGGGUCGAGUAUGGCACGACGAUGCAGUUUACCGUCGUCAGCUACGAGGGUCAGGAUCAUAUCAUGCUCUACACGGGACCAAUCGAGUCUGGUGGCUACGGAAACGGCUUUUAUCUCCUUCUGAACAAUCGCUAUGAGGUCGUGGCCAACAUCUCCACGAGCGGUCUGGGUGAUGCGUAUGCGGAUAUCCAUGAGGGCCAGAUAACAUCGAACAAUACGGCGUUGAUGACAUCCUAUGUCACGCAACCCUAUAAUCUCACGGACUGGGGAUACCCAGACGGAUACGUGCUAGACGGAGUGUUCCAGGAAAUAAAUGUCACGACAGGCGAAGAGAUAUUUACAUGGCGCUCGCAUGAGCACGUCGAUGCGCACGACUGCUACUGGGAUUCCCAAGGUGCCGGCGGUACCUUUGACGAGCCCUGGGACUACUUCCAUAUCAAUAGCAUCAUGAAGGACGACUAUGGGCACUACCUCAUCUCCUCUCGCCAUUGCCAUACACUAUACUACAUUGACGGCGGCGGGGAUAUUCUAUGGUCAAUUGGCGGCAACAAAUCAAGCUUCGAGAUGGGCGAAGGCACCAAUUUCUAUUGGCAACACGACGCGAGGUGGCUGGAUAAUCACCACAUAUCCGUUUUCGACAAUGGUGGCACCAACCGAGGCGACAACGAAACGUCGGCCCGGGGCAUCGUCCUCGAGCUUGAUUAUCAGAAUAUGAAGGUCACGCUCGACAAAGAGUUUUUGCCUUACAACAGCACUGUAUCGCAGUCGCAGGGUAACGUGCAGAUGCUGGCGAACGGGAACGCUCUCGUCGGAUGGGGGCAAGUCCCGUAUAUAUCAGAAUACACCUCCGAAGGGGACAUGAUAUGGGCCGCCCGAUUUGGGCUGUUAGACGAUGGGUCAAUCUCUAGCUAUCGAGCAUUUCGCUUCAACUGGACCGGUCGACCUACGGAACUUCCUUCCAUCAAUGUCACCACGUCCCCUUCGACGACCGUAUACGCCAGCUGGAACGGCGCAACGGAGGUGAACUACUGGCAGCUUUUCGGGUCGACAAGUGAAGCGCCGCAGGACGUCAUCUCGUUGCAGAAUACCACCCGCUCCGAUUUCGAAACGGCUAUUACUUGGGAGAAAGGCGGCGAUUGGGCAUGGUUUCAGUUGGCAGCGAUGAACUCGGCUAACGAGUAUCUGUCGUAUUCAAACUUUACUGCGGCGGACGGGUCUGGCGAGCGGAUGCCUCUGGCGGACAAACAGACGGUCACGGCGUCUGACCCGGUAACAAGUGGCAACACCUUCACGUCCUCAAUGAACGAGCUUAAGCGACGAGCAAUGUUCAACCGUGAGGUCCAUAAGGACACAUAUUUGCACGUGUUUCGUAACGUCAUCCGCGUGUUCCUGUUGUUGUCCGCGACCGUCAAGGCCAUGGACGGCGCGACGCAGAAGCUUGUUGAAUCGACUGUUCACCGCGUUCUGCACGCGAACUCGUUCUCUAGAGCCUCCUCCAAUGCGACCCAUAUCCUCGCAGAUAUCUUUGCGCGCUACUAUCUCGUCCUCGCGCAGACUUGCGCCCAGUACGCCCAGCAUGCCGGUCGCUCGUCCAUCAACGUACACGAUGCCCUACACGCCAUAGAAGACCUGGGAUUCAGCUUGGAGGAACUCCAGGACUACGUGCAAGGAGAAGCGGUUGAUAUGGCGCGUGCGGGAUACACCCCGAGAAUGUCGACCUCGACUCGGCGCAUGGAAGAACUGGCGGAAAUGCAUGCUCAUCUUGCAGAUGGCCUGAAGCAGGACCACGAUGACACGAUCCCGCUGGUUUACGCGCCACUAGAUCCGGACGCGGAAUAUCCAACUUCCGACUCAGAGAGCGAAGAGGAAGAGAUCCCCGCUCAGAGAUCUGAAGUUGAGCCAAUGGAUGCGACCCAGGGCUCUGAGCGCGAAGAGGGCCAACCGCCCGCCCUCGACCCGCAGCACAGAGUACCGUCGCCACGUUUGCAGCUCCCCACACCACCAUCCCCCCAUCCACACAAACGACAUAAAAAGAACGGUUGGAACGCGCCCGACUAUGUUCCCUCUUUUCUACCGCCCUUCCCCAAACCCGCGAACGACGAGGACGUCGACCCGCUGGAACUAGAAAGCGCUCUGCCUUCCCGCGCGCAAUCCACGCAACCGGAACUUGCCCCGACGGUGAAAGUCGAGAACUUGCCUCUCCCUUUACCCCCUCCGACUGCUGCCAUGUCCAGCAGCACGGAUUAUACCGAGCUCAACCCGAUACCCUACUCGCAAUCAUCCCUUGGUUCCCUUCAAGAGUGGCAUCUGCCUUCUGCGCCCCCCGAUCCCGACGCCGACUUGUCGUCUGCAGUGGAUGGUCGCCCCUCAAACAGGUCGAAGCUGCUUGGUCACCCGCAUUUCUUGACGAUGAAGGCAUCUGCCUACGUCAUCAACAACAAGCGCGACGUACAACUGCCAGACACCACCGUGCAAACGUCGUCCUCAGGCGUGCAUACGAUACCCAUGUCUACCCAGGGUCGUCAUGCAGUUCUGCUAACAUUGCAAUCCGCUCUGAACAAUGCGCCCUCGACCAGCAUGCGGCAUUUCGACGUUCCCGACACACUCUACGGCGCGGUGCAGCCAGAUACGCGGGGCUCAGCCGUCGGUCGUGUGGGUGGCGGGUACCCUAUUCCGGUUGGUACUCUGAAGGCUGGUGGCAUGAGCGCUCCCGCGAAGCGUGAAGGGCACCAUAGUAAGGGGCAUAACGACAAGAACAAACCGCAACCUCCGAAGUGGCCAAUCAUCAUGAAUCGUUCCACUUUACCUCCAGACCGAGGCGUCGCGGAGAUGUCGACUAGCCUGGAGGGGAAGUUGGACAACAUCGCCAGCGAUGUCUUGAGCUCGAAUGUGCACAAACGUAUCACGCAUUUGGCACACCCAAAUGUGUUGACGAGGGCGAACGGCAACCCCGCGAUCUUCGGGCCCGGCUUUCUAGCACCGUGGUCGUCUGCGCCUUCGAAGGACGACGACAAGUCUGAAAAACAGGAGGAUAAGGAACGCAUUGCGCCCGACGCCCGGUUGUACACGACAUGGGAGUACGAGAUCAAGAAGCCAUCGAGCUCACUGCCACCUAGCAUCACCCGUUCGGGCGCGCACGUCAACGGUCGGACACCCCGGAUAGGACCACCUGGCGGGAACAGCUCCAAGCUCGGCGCCCCGCUCGGUCGCAAGACUAAGCCUGGAGUGCCGACGCUCAAGCUGAACUUGGCUGGCCCUCGCACUGGCGCGCCCAGUAAAGCGGCGCGGUAGCGAUGCUUGCUUCAGUGGCGUGAAGGCCCUCUCACGGACAGAUGAUUUGCACUGCUUGUUGUUCUGCUGCUCCAUCACUUGUAUCAUAGUACAUUACCAUUUACCACUACUUCACCGUACUGCAUGCAUUGACGACGAGCUCAGAAUGCGCAUUCUGCAGGCCCGCCUUCUGAGCGGC